GGGACCUGGGCUCUCCCAGAUCUCCAUCCCCUCCCCAGCCUCCCCCGCCUCCCGCGCUCGCUCGCUCUCUCCCUCCCCGCUCGCUUCCACCCCCACCACCGCGGCGCUGGGAGGAAGGCGGCCGGGGCUCAAGAUGGCUUUAGCCGGGCUCUGCGCCCUGCUCGCCUGCUGCUGGGGGCCGGCGGCGGUGCUGGCCGCGGCCGCCGGCGACGCGGAUCCAUCGAAGGAGCUGGAGUGCAAGCUCAAAAGCAUCACGGUGUCGGCGCUGCCCUUCCUGCGCGAGAACGACCUGAGCAUCAUGCACAGCCCCUCGGCCUCCGAGCCCAAGCUCCUCUUCUCGGUGCGCAACGACUUCCCGGGAGAGAUGGUCGUGGUGGACGACCUGGAGAACACCGAGCUGCCCUACUUCGUGCUGGAGAUCUCAGGGAACACAGAGGACAUCCCUCUGGUGCGCUGGAGGCAGCAGUGGCUGGAGAAUGGCACUUUGCUUUUUCACAUCCAUCACCAAGAUGGUGCCCCAAGCCUCCCUGGACAAGACCCAACUGAAGAGCCCCAGAAUGAGUCCGCAGAAGAGGAGCUGAGGAUCCUCCAUAUCUCUGUCAUGGGAGGCAUGAUCGCUCUGCUGCUGUCCAUCUUGUGCCUGGUGAUGAUCCUGUACACUCGCCGGCGCUGGUGCAAACGCCGCCGGGUUCCGCAGCCCCAGAAAAGCGCCAGCGCCGAGGCAGCCAAUGAGAUUCACUACAUCCCUUCUGUGCUGAUCGGCGGGCAUGGGCGGGAGAGUCUGCGCAAUGCCCGCGUGCAGGGCCACAACUCCAGCGGCACCCUGAGCAUCCGGGAGACACCCAUCCUGGAUGGCUAUGAGUACGACAUCACUGACCUGCGCCACCACCUGCAGCGGGAGUGCAUGAACGGAGGGGAGGACUUCGCCAGCCAGGUCACCCGCACCCUUGACUCCCUGCAGGGCUGCAAUGAGAAGCCAGGGAUGGACCUCACACCAGGCAGUGACAAUGCCAAGCUGUCGCUGAUGAACAAGUAUAAAGAUAACAUCAUUGCCACCAGCCCAGUGGACUCCAACCACCAGCAGGCCACCCUGCUCUCUCACACCUCCAGCAGUCAGAGAAAGCGGAUCAACAACAAAGCAAGAGCUGGCUCUGCCUUCUUGAACCCUGAAGGGGACUCUAGCACAGAGGCAGAAAAUGACCCCCAGCUGACCUUUUACACAGACCCCUCAAGGAGCCGGAGGCGCAGCAGAGUGGGUUCUCCCCGAAGUCCUGUGAAUAAGACCACCUUGACCCUGAUCAGCAUCACUAGCUGUGUGAUUGGCCUUGUGUGCUCCUCUCACGUCAGCUGCCCUCUUGUUGUCAAGAUCACCCUGCACGUCCCUGAGCACCUGAUCGCUGAUGGGAGCCGCUUCAUCUUGCUGGAGGGGAGUCAGCUGGAUGCCAGCGACUGGCUGAACCCUGCCCAGGUGGUUCUCUUCUCUCAGCAGAACUCCAGUGGGCCCUGGGCCAUGGACCUCUGUGCCCGGAGGCUUCUGGACCCCUGUGAACACCAAUGUGACCCCGAAACUGGGGAAUGCCUCUGCUACGAAGGUUACAUGAAGGAUCCCGUACACAAGCACCUUUGCAUUCGGAACGAAUGGGGGACAAACCAGGGGCCUUGGCCUUACACAAUAUUUCAGCGAGGCUUUGACCUGGUUUUGGGAGAGCAGCCCUCUGAUAAAAUAUUCAGAUUCACCUACACCCUUGGGGAGGGCAUGUGGCUGCCCCUCAGCAAGAGCUUUGUGAUUCCGCCAGCAGAACUAGCCAUCAAUCCGUCAGCUAAGUGCAAGACAGACAUGACCGUGAUGGAGGACGCUGUGGAGGUCAGAGAAGAGCUGAUGACUUCAUCCUCUUUCGACAGCCUGGAGGUUCUCUUAGAUUCCUUUGGGCCCGUGCGGGACUGCAGCAAAGACAAUGGGGGCUGCAGUAAGAAUUUCCGCUGCAUUUCAGAUCGCAAACUGGACUCCACUGGUUGUGUGUGCCCGUCUGGACUCAGCCCCAUGAAGGACAGCUCGGGCUGCUACGACCGCCACAUCGGCGUGGACUGCUCCGACGGCUUCAACGGCGGCUGCGAGCAGCUGUGCCUGCAGCAGAUGGCGCCCUUCCCCGACGACCCCGCCCUCUACAACAUCCUCAUGUUCUGCGGGUGCAUUGAGGAUUACAAGCUGGGUCUGGAUGGACGCUCUUGCCAACUCAUCACGGAGACCUGCCUGGAGGGAGGUGACUGUGGGGAAAGCAGGGAGCUUCCCAUGAACCAGACCCUCUUUGGGGAGAUGUUCUUUGGUUACAACAACCAUUCCAAGGAAGUGGCUGCUGGACAGGUGCUGAAAGGAACAUUCAGGCAAAACAACUUUGCUCGUGGUUUAGACCAACAACUGCCAGAUGGUCUCGUGGUGGCCACUGUUCCCCUGGAGAACCAGUGCCUGGAAGAGAUUUCGGAGCCCACCCCCGACCCUGACUUCCUGACUGGGAUGGUGAACUUCAGCGAAGUGUCGGGAUACCCUGUGCUGCAGCACUGGAAGGUCCGGUCUGUGAUGUACCACCUCAAACUCAACCAAGUUGCCGUCUCUCAGGCCCUCAGCAAUGCUCUCCAUUCGCUGGAUGGGGCUACCUCUCGUGCAGAUUUUGUGGCUUUGUUGGACCAGUUUGGCAACCAUUACAUCCAGGAAGCUAUCUACGGCUUUGAGGAGUCCUGUUCUAUCUGGUACCCAAACAAGCAGAUCCAGCAGCGACUCUGGAUGGAAUAUGAAGACAUCAGUAAAGGCAACUCCCCAUCCGAUGAGUCAGAGGAGCGAGAAAGAGACCCUAAGGUGCUGACGUUCCCAGAAUACAUCGCCAGCCUGUCAGACUCUGGCACCAAGCGUAUGGCAGCUGGAGUCCGCAUGGAGUGCCAGAGCAAGGGACGAUGCCCCUUGUCCUGCCCCCUCUGUCAUGUGACAUCCAGCCCUGACUCCCCCGCUGAGCCGGUUCUGCUGGAAGUGACCAAAGCAGCCCCCCUCUAUGAACUAGUGACCAACAACCAGACCCAGAAGCUCUUGCAGGAGGCCACCAUGAGCUCUCUCUGGUGCUCAGGGACAGGAGAUGUCAUCGAGGACUGGUGUCGAUGUGACUCCACUGCCUUUGGAGCCGACGGACUCCCCACCUGUGCGCCUCUCCCGCAGCCUGUCCUGAGACUCUCCACGGUUUAUGAGCCCAGCAGCACCCUCGUGGUCCUGGAAUGGGAACACUCAGAGCCACCGAUCGGGGUGCAGAUUGUAGAUUACCUCCUCCGCCAGGAGAAAGUCACUGACAGGAUGGACCACUCUAAAGUGGAGACAGAAACGGUGCUGAGCUUUGUGGAUGACAUCAUCUCUGGAGCAAAGUCUCCUUGUGCCAUGCCAUCUCAGGUGCCAGACAAGCAGCUCACCACCAUCUCUCUGAUCAUACGAUGCCUAGAACCCGACACCAUUUACAUGUUCACGCUGUGGGGAGUGGACAACACAGGGCGGCGCUCCAGGCCAAGCGAUGUGAUCGUGAAGACACCGUGCCCUGUGGUGGACGAUGUCAAGGCCCAAGAAAUAGCAGACAAGAUCUACAAUCUCUUCAACGGCUACACCAGUGGGAAGGAGCAACAGACAGCCUACAACACUCUCCUGGAUCUGGGUUCCCCCACCUUACAUCGAGUCCUCUACCACUAUAACCAACACUAUGAGAGUUUUGGAGAAUUCACCUGGCGGUGUGAGGAUGAAUUAGGCCCCAGGAAAGCCGGCCUCAUCCUUUCCCAGCUCGGGGACCUCAGCAGCUGGUGCAAUGGACUCCUUCAGGAACCCAAGAUAAGCUUGCGACGCAGCUCACUCAAGUACCUGGGCUGCCGCUACAGCGAGAUCAAGCCCUACGGACUUGACUGGGCAGAGCUCAGCCGGGACCUCAGGAAGACAUGCGAGGAGCAGACCCUGAGUGUCCCCUACAAUGACUAUGGAGACAGCAAAGACAUCUAGCACCAAGAGGCUAGGUUGCUGCUGCCAAAAUGAAGCAGGAGAGAGGAGGGGGAUAUAUGGGUUGGUUUGUGAAUUUUUAAUAUUUUUUAGUGGAACAUUAAAACUUCCAUGGCAACGUCUAAACCAGGGAGAAAGUGAUCCUUGCUCCCUGCCGAACUUCUUCAGUAUGAUGUUCUCCACCUGCAUGAUCGGUAAACCUGCCAGUCAGCAGCUUCAUGCAGCACCAUAUUUUUUUAGGGGAUUAUUUUGGAGCUAUUUUGCCACUAAUUUGAUUCAUUCAUUUUUUUUUCCUUCAAGAAGUUCACCAAAAUGCUCAAGAGCUCUGUCAUGCAUCCCAGGAAAGGUCUAUCAGGUCAAGGUACUCCGUGCUCACUGGGUUCCUAAGUCCGUUGCGGCUGGGGACAGAGGUGAGGCUAGAAGGUUGUUAGUCCUGCCUCAGGCCCCCCCUCAGGCGUUCCUUAGGAAGUACCUCGCCUGGGAGCCUAAGCCUUGCUCACAGAGAACAAUACGGAAAUUGGGAGAGGUGGCCCCCGUCUGUGCCUGGCGGUUUUUCUCCCAGGACUUCCUAUUUCUAGCUCCACUCUCACAGGUGAACCCAGCUCCCCUUAUGGCCCCAGUGGGCCUCCUCAGUUUUAGGUCCUCCCCCAUUUUAAGCUAGGACUGGGAUUAAGUCUUUUUCUGGCAGACCUCUGUCCUCUCCUCUGAACUACAUGAUCUUUGAGAGGCAACAAGGUACCACCUGUCAAAUGCACCUUUAGAGAAGUCUACCUGGGAGACUGUUAGCCGUCCACAUCUAGAAAAGAAGUGAAGUUUAUUGUUUUAAAAAACCCCUGUGCGUCCAUCGGAUGGACUUCUCCAGCCCACCAGGAUACAUCCAAGCGCCUGGAUUCCCUUUAGCCCCGUGCCUCGUGCCCGGGACAGAUAAGGCUUGGUUGUUGUCUGAUCUGGUCCACACGGGCUCAAUACUGCCAUGUCAGUGUUACAGUGAAGCGAAGCUAUUAUUGAUCACAAAACACUUCUGUCCAUUUCCCCUCUUGCUAAAUUUGCUUGUGUCACUACUUUGGCAAAUUGUUUCUCCAAUGACCGUCAGUGGGAGGAUUCGCCAUGGUCACUGCUCAGCUGGUUGCUGGGAUUAGCAGAGGUUCUGUGCAGACAAGCACCACUGACCACAGGUAAGGGCCGGGGCAUCGUUUCCACCCACUGCCUGAGCGCUGGCAUGGGCUCAGAUGGUGGCCUGGCUAGCAGGAACCCCAGCCUUUCAGAAUGAGCCUGGCAGGGCCAUGUGGACAGCUGUCCCGCACACCUCAGAGGCCUGAAUACAGACUUUCGGGGGUCACCACGCCUUUGACAAGGGCUCUGCGUUUGCAAACACACGAGAAAGAUCUGGCAGGAGGUGCAGGAUCUAUAAGGCUAGUCAUUGGCUCCACUGAUUUUUUAUAAAUAGUAAUGAUGACAGAUAACGUUUAUGGAGUGCUUGCUGUGUGCCAGACACUGCUCUAAGCACAUUCCGUAUCACUGAAUUCUCACAACCCCUUGAGGAAAAUGCUAUUCUUUUCUCCAUUUUAGUAUUGAUGAAACUGAGGCAAAGAGAGGUUACACAACUUUCCCCCAAUCCUCCAGGCACUGUCUGCCUGAGCUGUGAUGAGUUCAGACUUUGGACUCCAGAGCAAAGGGUUUUAAUGGGCCGGUGCUCCCAGUUCUGUGUUCAGUAUUGCGGGCAGCAGUAGCUGUCUGAGCUCCAGAGAGCCCUCCUGUCCCAGCACACGUGGCCUAGAUGUGCCCUCUGUGCAGGGAAGGAGGAGGAAACAAAGCGUGCCCUUAGCCUUUGGGGCCAGGACACUGUUUGUGACCCCCAGCUCUGCAGCCCGCAGCCCGCAGCCCGCCCCACCCCGGGACUGGGAAGGCAGCCUGGGAUAAGGCGCAGGGUGGUCUCUCUCUCCCCUCCGCUUCCCUCCAGAGAAAGAAGGGAAGAUUGACAUCAUCCUCUCGAAUGCACCUGCCUCAGAGAUUCCCCUACUUGCAGAGCAAAGGUUGACAGAACACCUGGCUGUCUGCCUGUGGUCAGUGCAGGGGCCUCAGUUAAAGUGCCUCAAGGGGCAAGUUUUUCACACUGCCAGAGAAGUGGCUGUAGGUCAGUCGGGCAGGGCCUCUAGUGUCUUCUCGCUGCUUGUUCUGCCGUCCUCUUAUUCAAGUCUAUGCAGAAUACAGUGUUUUGAGUUUGGGUGGAAGGAGGGUGAGGCUGCCAAUGCCUUCCUGCCCCAGCGGGGGGUGAAACGGGAGCAGAUGGGGCAGAGGGAGGCGGAGGGGCAUCAGGGUCCCCCACUUCUGUUUCUGUUUUAGCCACACUACCCUCGUCUCCCCUCCGAUCUUGCCUCCUACUCAUCCCCCUCCCCUUCCAAGUUGCUCCAUUUCCUUUUCUUCCUGUUAUUUUUGUCCUUUUCUUUCCCUUUCUGUGACCCUCCUCUUUUGUCCCUUCCUUCCCCAUGAUUCUCUUCCUCCUGCGAUCUCCUGCCGUAUUCUCACUGCACAUGUGUGUGUACGCACACAGGCACACACAUGCGCACUAUGCACGCAACACCUAUGACUGGGGCCCCUUUGCUUUCAAGUUAAAAAGGCCAAUCUGAAGGGAGCAGGGGACAGUCUUAGGAUGGUUUUACAGUUAACUGGAGGAUCCUCCCCCCAGGAGGACACUCUCGGUCACACCCUGCUGACAUUUCCCAGAGCUUGCCUGGAGGAACCCAUCCUGGCCGGAAAGGGGGAUGGUCCUGGGUCAGUGUUAAACCUCAAGUUUUCAAGCUGCCAAACAGGUCUUAAGGGAGUCACUUAUGUCCACCAAUACUCUCGCAGCUCCUGUGUCCCCUUGAGGCCUCUGGGGUUUCCUCCUGAAUGUACAUGAACCACUGUAAUAGCAUUAGACUUUUAACUGAGUGUGCAAUCAUUUUCCAUGGAGUUUGGUCCAUUCAUUAUUUUUUGUUAACUACACUUCUCGAUAUCUCGAUAUUCAAAUGUUCUAUUAAAAAACUGAGUGUGAAAAAAAAAAACCUACUUUACUACCAUAGAAAGAAGAAAGAAUAUAAUGUGACCAUCUUCAGGUAUAACAGUAUUGUUUGAAAAAGAAUUACUGUACAAUUAUAAAAAAUGAAAUAACCAACUAAAUAAUAAACAAAGCUGUCAGUAAG